AUGUAUAUGUUAAUAGCUUUACAAAUCAUUUUAUACAGUUCCAGUGUAAAAUCAUGGAAUGUUUAUGGAUUUUUAGAAUCAAAGAUUCCAGAACAAAUACAUAUUGCUUUAGGAGAAGAACCAUCCUCAAUAAGUGUUACAUGGGUAACAGCAGAACCAACAGAGAGUUCAAUUGUAUUAUAUGGAACUAAUCGAUUAAAUAUGAUGAAUACUGGUUAUGCAAAACAAUUUAUCGAUGGUGGACGAGAAAAACGUACUAUGUAUAUUCAUCACGUUGUCUUGACAGAUCUAAUCGGAAAUACUUUAUACAAUUAUAAAUGUGGUAGUCCAGAUGGUUGGUCAUCAGUGUUACAAUUCCGUGCACUUCCAUCACAUCCUUAUUGGUCGCCAAGAUUAGCUGUUUAUGGAGAUAUGGGAGCUGUGGAUGCCUUGGCCUUGCCAGAAUUAACUCGUCAAAUUAACAAUUUCGACAUGAUUUUACAUGUAGGCGAUUUUGCCUAUAAUAUGGAUUCUGAUAACGGAAGAGUUGGUGAUAAAUUUAUGCGUAGUAUACAGCCAAUAGCCUCCAGAGUUCCCUACAUGACGUGUGUUGGAAAUCAUGAAGCUGCUUAUAACUUUUCAAAUUAUAAGGCAAGAUUUAAUAUGCCAGGAGGAGAUGGAGAAUCACAGUUCUACAGUUUCAAUGUUGGACCUGCACAUAUUGUGGCUUUCUCUAGUGAAUUGUAUUACUUUCUGUUUUAUGGAUGGAAAACUCUAGUAAUGCAAUUUGAUUGGUUAAUAAAAGAUUUGAAGGUAGCAAACAAGCCGGAGAAUCGUAAACUUCGUCCUUGGAUUAUUGUAAUGGGUCAUAGACCAAUGUAUUGUUCAAAUAAUUUUGAUCCAAUGCACUGUGAUUUUGUUGAUAAUAUUGUACGAACUGGUUUUGAUAUUUCCCAACGUCAUCAUUAUCCUAAAACAUAUUUAAUGGGUUUAGAAGAUCUGUUCUAUGAAUAUGGUGUAGAUGUGAUUAUCGCAGGUCAUGAACAUUCUUAUGAAAGAUUUUGGCCAGUUUAUAACAGAACAGUUUGCAAUUCAACAUCUAGUGAAAAUCCCUACAAAAAUCCUAAUGCCCCAGUUCAUAUUGUCAGUGGAGCAGCUGGAUCAGAUGAAGGCAGAGAUACAUUUAUAGAUGGCGGUAAACCAUGGUCAGCGUUUCGAACAAACGAUUUUGGAUUCACUCGUAUGACUAUACACAAUUCAACUCAUUUGGACAUUGAACAGAUUUCAGUUGAAGAGGGAAACACUGGCAAAGUGAUUGAUUCUAUAACAAUAAUUAAAGAGAGACAUGGUCCAGGUUUGUAUACAUGUCAUAAGGAGAAUUUCGCUCAACAAUGAUACUUACAUAUUUCAUGAGAAUGCUAACUAAGGAAAAGGUGAAGUGAUUUGAUAAAAUCAACUUACUAUACUAAUAUGAAACUCAGUAUUUUUUUCUCUCUCGAAGAUUUGAAUUAAUAUACGCCAUCUUUGAUAUGAUUAUUCGUAUUCCAGUGAAGAAAACAAAAU